AAAAAUAGGUUUAACAAUCACAAUUCAUAAUAUUAAAAUAUUAUAUCACAUGGUAUACACAACAAGAACUUUUUUACAGCCAGCUGAUUUGGUUGGCACGUGAUGCUUACUGCUUAGUGCAUAAUUAGUAAUUAGUAUACCAGUAAUAAUUUAAUAAUAAUAUCGUUAUUUUCAAUGAAGAAUUUGGAAUAUAUUGAUACGUAUCGGUUCAAUAUUGAGCAUUCAAGAAUUUACACGUGCUGUACCAACCACCGACCCGUAUCACACUUAUCUUAGAAACGGCGUGGUUUGGCUGAAUCGGAUGAAUGAUGGUUAAUGUGGCCCACAGAAUAGUACUACUGUAUGCUGUGGUCUUGGAACACAGCGACAGUAGACGUUUCCGUAAUUCCACAGAUAUAUUCUACUAAACUAGAUGCCCGACUUAAUGAAUUACUGUGUAUGGGUUUUUGAAGCCAAUGGUUGGGCAAUGUUUACAAUCUGUUAUCAAUAUUAUAGUGCAUACUAGAUAGAAAAUUGAUAACAUCGAUUUGUAAACAUUGCCCAACCAUAUAAGUUAGGGUAUGGGACGAUAGGCUUCAAGUAUGGUCUCAGAGUCGGGCAUCUGCCAUCUAGUAUAGUAUGUAUAUCUGUGCGUAAUUCGGGAUAACAGAUAUACAACAUCGGAUUGGCGCGCGGGAUUGUUUCCAUGUUUUUCGGAAGUUCAGACUACUGAUCACAUGUUAACAAUAACCCGGUCAGCUGAUCAAGUGUCGUUUCAAUAUUGUAUAUCGAUACGCACUGAGGCCGAACUUUAAAAUUGAUUUUGUAACGAAAUCUAAAAAUGAUUGACCACCCACUCACCCGUCACAACUUUCCAAUCAUCUAAAUUUAGGAAGUUAAGCGAUUUAGCGAUGGCGUCACAUGAAUACAUGAUAUAAUAUGAAUACGUAUCGAAUUUUUCUUCUUGAAAACCUUGUUUUGAAACAAAUUUGGUUGUACCACGAGUUUAUACCAUGUAAUAUCCUAAUGUCCUUAGUAACGCCGACUCGUGCUUUAACAAUCAUGAUGUACCGUUAGCCAAUUAUAAUGUUUUUUACCCAUCAAAAUAUCAAAUAAAUCAAUGUAACACUUGAAAUGCAUCGUUUAAGAAAUGAUGUUGUUUGUCAACAACUAGCUGUAGAUCUUAGCCAACUGGUUUUUUGCAUUAUUUUACCUAUCAAAAUUUUAUAAUAUUAUAUAUUACUAUAUAAGUAUCUCAUACCUUCAUGGCUUCAUGUGACAUAUUAAUAUAAGGUACCUAUUAAAUGUUUUACCCACAAACUGACUAUACCUAGUCAGGGCCUGCGAAAACUAUGGGAAACUGCCCAUGGUGCUAGUGCGUAAGAAGCGCCAAACUGGAAAUUAUAUUUCAAUUUAAUUUAUCUUUUGAUACGAAUAAAUGAGUAAAAUUAUCAAUAAUUUACACAAUUUUAUGUAUGUAUUAUAUGUAUUUAUGAUAAGUUGAUGUAUUCCCUUAAAAUUGGAUAUCUUAUAAUAUUGUUGACGAUCCCAGUUACAGUAGCAUCCGGUGAACGAAGUUUCUCUAAACUUAUUUACGUUCCUCAAUGAUAGAUGAUAGGCUCUUGUCAUCAGUAAUUUUGUCUAUUGAAAAUGAUUUAGCCCAAAAAAUAAACUAAGAAGAAGCAAUAAAACAGUUAUCUGAAUUAAGAGCUAUAAAAGUGAAAUUCUAAUAUUAUUUAUAUUAAUUUUAUAGUUAUAGUUGUAUUGUUAUAAGUAUCACAUUUAAAAUUAUUUUAUUUAUUAAUGCCAAGCGGUUAUUUUAUAAGUAAAUUAUUUUAUUAUCAUGUAAUAAAGUAAUAAUACAAAAUACAUAAUUUUUACUUAAUCUUACUAAAAAACUAAAUUCUUCUUUAACUUGGUAAGGGGGAUGAAUGGCACUAAAACAUGGUUUCGCCCAGGGCGCCAAUACUCUUAGUGCCAGCCCUGUACCUAAUGCUCUGGUUGAUUUUAUACUAAAUUUAAUUUCUGUUCACUUUUCAUAUUUUACUUAUUUCAAUAUACAUAAUACAUAAUAUAGAUAUACUGGAAAAAAGUAGGGAAUAAUGUUGUACCUAGAGACUUUAUUAAAUAUUACUUUUAACAGCUCUAAUUGUUAAUAUUCCAAGCUAAUGCAUUAUUAACAAUAUUAUAUGUAUAACAAAGCAAUAAAUGGUUUUUUCCUAACCCUAAAUCAACUGUUUUCUGAGAUAUUAUUUUUUUUCAAACCAAAAAAAUAUGGCCCAAGGUAAAACGAAUAUUAUACCUUGGAAUUUGGCAUAUAGAUAAUAUAUAUUAUAUUCACUUAAUAUAAGGUAGAUAAUAACAAAUUUAGUUCAAUCCUUUAAAACUUAAUAAUUAACGAUUUAUCCAAGAUACAUGCAUACUAAUUUAGAAAGAAUAAAUCUUUUUAGAUUUUAAAACUAAUUGUUUGUGAGAAUGGAUUACACCAUUCAAUUCUAAACAAUAUUUAACAUAAAAUUAUACUUUUAGUGAUACAAAAUUGUACAUAAUUUAUUUUUAUUUUUUCAGUAUUAAUUAAAAAUGUUAAAUUGCCUAAGCAAUGAUAGCAAAAUGCAAAUGAGACUGAAUAUUAAACGGCAUCGACAAAAACUUCUUCAAUAUUUAGAGAAUACUAAUGAUACUGUUUUAAAGCCUAAAAUCAAAUUAGUUUCAAAUGAUAUAGAAAAAUCUAAUUUGAAUCACAAUGUUAAACCAAUAAUUGCAUCUAAUACUGAGGUUCAAACCCCCAAACUACUACCAACCAUUAAGAUUACAAACUAUAGGAAUAAACCAAUCAUUCAAGUAAAAACGUAUGAAGCUGUGAUAGAUACUAAACCAAAAAAUCCUGAAGUUUUGACGGAUAAUAACAUAAAAAAAUACAAAACCAGAUCAAGUAUUACUGUGAAUCAACUUCCACCAAACAUUAAAGUAAAUAUACAAGAUGAGCCUAUAUCAAAUUUUAAAUUAAAACUAAAACCUUUACCAAACAUUGAAAUAAAAGACCCUGAACCUCCACCUGUCAUCGUAAAAAAACUCAAAGAACAAUUAAUUGAAGAGCUAUUUGAUAGUUCAAGUUCUGAAGAAAUCGAUGAUAAUAUUUCUGUUGGAAAUAAUGACGAUUGGAAUGAAAUUUAUCAAACACAUGAAAAGAGUGAUGUAGAUGAGAAUGACAGCAGAAAUGUACGCCUUAUACAAGCAGUUGGAUACGAUGCACAUAAACAACUGGCCAAUGACAUAAGUAAAGAAAAAUAUAUGUAUGAUAGGGCCGACAGUGAUAAACCUGUAUUGGACAUCAACUACCCAACCGCCAACAAGAGAAGCCGGACUAGAAAACCUCAAUUUAAAAUUGAUCAGUCUAAACACAGGUUUAGAAAACCUCUAGACAGGACGUUACAUAAUGCCAAAGAACGAGCAUGCCGAGAACGCAUUGCAAAAAAGUUUGCUAUUCUGAGAAAAUGUUGCAGCUAUUUGAACUCCAAUAGACGUGUGCCUUCAAAACAUAGCAUACUUUUAGCUGCUAAAAAAGAAUGCGAUUUGUUAAAACAUUUUGAGAAGAAAAUGCUUGCAGAAAAAAAAGUAUGGUUUAAAGCAAAUGAAAUUCUGAAGAAUAGGAUAGCUCAAUUCUAUAGCAGACUAUGAGGACAAAAAAUUAGCAUGUUUAACUGAUUAUAUAUGACAAGCCAGGAAAAUAUUAUGGUAAAUUUGUUAAUGUACCAACUUAAUAUUUUUUAAGUUUGAUAGGUAUAUAGAAAAAUAUGUAUAUUUUUAUAGUAAUUAUUAAUAGAUUUUGAAAAUGUAUAAAUGUUUUAUCUGUAUAUUAUUAUGUUGUGUACACAACACAGUCAAUAUGUACAUUUGUAGUCUGUGUUACGUGUUUCUAAUAACAACUCAUAUUUCUCUUUAUUUUUAUAUAUAUAAAAGUAUUAACGCUGAAUAAUAAAUUUAAUUUAUUCAGUCAUAGAUGAAUUACAUUUGUGUGCUCUUUAUGAGAUUCUGCAUAAUGUGACAGAUCCUCAUUUAUAUUAAAUCUGUUGUACAUAAUCAAAAUCUCAACUCCAUUUUAUGUAAUUGAUUCGUUUUCAUAUUAUCGCAAAAAUUAUUUUAAACCUCAACAUUCCGGCAAUGUUUUUAAUUUUAAGUUAUAACAAAUGUGAUGUUUUUAAAUUAUAAGUCUACUUUAUUGUGUAUUAUAAAUCAAAUAUUUUUCAUAAAUGUGUCCUUUAUCAAUUUAUCUCAUAGUUUUUAAACCCAUUAUCUAACUCCUCUUCUUUACAACACUUAUAUUAUUUUAUGUGUAUUCGUCUUAUAAGCUAAAUAGGUACCAAAAAACUAUUAUCUGCUGUACAUUAUAGUUCGGGUAGGGGGAAUAUCUAUAUUUGUAAUUAGUUGUAUUAGUUAUUAAGAUAAAUAUCAUCAGAAUACGAACAUACAAACUUGUUAUGUUUAGGACACUAUUCAAUUAUAUCAAUGUUGUAGUUAAGUAUAUUACCUAUUUUAUGAUUUAAAUGAUAGUAAGUAUUAACUGAACAAAAUUAAACAAUUUUUGUGUUUUCGGAUACUACAUUAAAAUAUGAAAUAAAAACAAGAGACAGCACAGAUAUCAUAUAUUUGGUGUUUAAUGCAUUAAAAAAAAAUUUGUUAGCAGUUUUGUAGAAGUAGAAUGACAAAAAACAAUAUAUACUUAUGAAAAUAGAAACUACAAUCUUGAAUUAACUACCAGCAAUAAAAUAAAUGUUGGGCGAGUUCG